AUGGAAUACAGCAGUACACCGGCUAGCCAGGAGGCCAGCAACACUAGCAACUGCCUGGAGCAAGCCUCUCUCGACCCUUGUGACGUCACCCGACACGGCGACUCCACAAGACAGACGAAUCCGUGUCUGGAGAAAAUGAUCUCCCGACUCAGUGGCUCCCUGAUUUGGUCUAUCCGGACGCCAGAGACAGACGAAGAGGCCGCUGUCGAGAGGCGCCCGCCACGACUGGAAACGUCCGAGCCUGACGGUCCUCGUUGCGACAUG